AUGCCCACGCAGAGCGGCCUGCUUCUAUUUAUGUGGGGGAUCCAACAUGGCGGCCGCAGCGACCCGAGCGAUGGCGGUAGAGCCGUUCAGAACAUAGUGGGGGGGGGAGAAGGGGAAGAGUUCUUUUUGGGGGGGCGGCGGCGGCGGCGGCGGCGGCUGUGGCUUGGUGCAGGGAAGAGAAGCAACGAAGGUAGGAAAGAAGGGCAGAUAGCGAGCCGGAGAGGCGCGCGGCAGGUCGGUCGACUGGGGAGGGCCGGAGCCGUGAGGGGAGACAGUGAGGAUGGCGGAGCCGCGCAGGGUGCCGUUCAUUAGCCUGUCACCCGUGAGGCGGCGCGAGCUCGACUUCCCGGGGCCGGAGCGUGAACCCGAUUAUCCGCGGGAGCCCCCGCGCCUCGAGCCGCAGCCAUAUCGCGAGUCGUCCGGGCCGGAGCCGCCGGUGCCUCGAGAUGCCCACCCCCGGUCGGAACCUUUGAGACCGCAGCAGGAGAAGCCGCCCGCCCCGCCGCGUGAGGGCAGCCGGGCUGAGCAGCCGCCUCAGCCCCGCGAACCCCCUCGGCCCGAGCCGCCGCCGCUGCCACCCCCCCAGUUGCACCUCCCGCCUCCGCCGCCGCCGCCCCCGGCUAGGGAAGCAGCCGUCCGGGCCGAGCCGCCGAGGCCUCUGGGGGAGACGGUGCGCCUGGAGCUGGUGCUGAAGGAUCCCACCGACGAAAGCUGCGUGGAGUUCAGUUAUCCGGAGCUGCUGCUGUGCGGAGAACAACGGAAGAAACCCAAUCACUCAGAAGAUCUGUUUAAUGAUGAGCAUCGAGAGAGGCAUGAAGUGGAAAUGUUGGCUAAGAAGUUGGAAGCAAAAUAUGGUGUGAAGUCUAAACACCGGAAAGAUCGACCACAAGAUUUAAUUGAUAUAGGUUUUGGCUAUGAUGAGACAGAUCCAUUCAUUGAUAAUUCAGAAGCUUAUGAUGAAUUGGUGCCUGCUUCUCUGACCACAAAAUAUGGAGGAUUUUAUAUCAAUACGGGUACACUACAGUUCCGCCAAGCAUCAGAUACUGAAGAUGAAGACUUUUCAGAGAAUCAAAAGCACAGGUCACCUAAAGUUUCUAAAGUAAAAGAAGAUGAUGCUGGAAUAAAAAAACGAAAGCGGAAAGAAGAGGGGGAAAAAGAGAAGAAGCCUAGGAAAAAGGUUCCUAAACAACUGGGAGUUGUGGCUUUAAAUUCACAUAAGUCUGAAAAGAAGAAGAAGAAAUUCUACAAAGAUCCCCUUUCUUUAGAUGCCAUGAUAAGAAAAUUUCAGAAAGAGAAAGAAGCAUUAAAAAAGAAAGAGUCUAAUUCCAAAGCUCCAGUUACUAUGCUGACUACCACUCUCAGUAAAUCUCCUUCAUCUGCAGCUACAGCAAUGGGAAAUGAAGUCUCAGACUUAAAUCUUAAUAGUGCUGACCCAGUCCUUUCCAUUUUUGGUAGCACAAAUGAACAUGAACUACUUCAGGAGGCUGAAAAUGCCCUAGAGAUGCUUGGUGAUUUAGACUUUGAUCGGCUACUGGAUGCUACAUCCAAUGGUAGUCCAGUGUCUGAAUCAGGAGGAGAGAAUGGAAACACUUCCCAGCCAGCCCACACCUCUCAGGUUCUUUUACCCAAGGUGGUACCUGCCCUCCCAGAAGGUCUGCCAAUUCGUCUCGAAAAACGCAUUGAAGACCUCCGCAUAGCUGCCAAGCUUUUUGAUGAAGAAGGUAGGAAAAAAUUCUUCACACAGGAUAUGAACAACAUUCUACUGGACAUUGAAUUACAGUUACAGGAACAAAGCCCAGGCAUCCGAAGUGGAGUCUAUUCUCACCUUGAGGCUUUUGUACCAUGUAAUAAAGACACACUGGUAAAACGUCUAAAGAAGCUGCACCUCAAUGUACAGGAUGAUCGUUUAAGAGAACCAUUGCAGAAGCUGAAAUUGGCUGUCAGCAAUGUCAUGCCUGAACAACUGUUUAAGUAUCAAGAGGAUUGUCAGGCUCGAAGUCAAGCUAAGAGUGUUAGGUCACAGGCAGAUGAAGAACGAGAAAAAAAUGGAUCUGACGAUGAUGAUGAUGAAAAACCAGGAAAACGGGUCAUAGGACCAAGAAAAAAAUUCCACUGGGAUGAUACCAUUAGGGCUUUGUUAUGUAACCUUGUCAAGAUUAAGUUGGGAUGCUAUGAGCUAGAGACAAAUAAAAGCCAAUCUGCUGAGGAUUAUCUUAAGACCUUUAUGGAGACAGAAGUGAAACCAUUGUGGCCUAAGGGCUGGAUGCAGGCUAGAAUGCUCUUUAAGGAAAGCCGAAGUGUUCACAAUCAUCUCACUUCUGCUCCGGCAAAGAAAAAGGUAAUUCUGGCACCUAAACCCAAAGUGAAGGACUGCAGUCCAAAAAAGGACCAGAAAAUACCUGCGUCUUUAUUAUCUUCAAUUGGUGGUCCAUCGGUGAGCUCUCUUACUUCUGCUGUUGCUCCAGCCAGCUCUAGCAGUACACCUGCCCAGGAAACUAUUUGCCUUGAUGAUUCACUAGAUGAAGACCUUUCUUUUCAUCCACCUUCACUGGAUUCUGUUUCUGAGGCAUUAGCUGUUAUCAAUAAUGGGACCAAGGGCCCUCCAGUUGGCUCUGGAGUUGGCGUACCAACUACAAGACCUCGACCAGGACUUCGGGAAGAAAAAUUAGCAAGUAUCAUGAGCAAGCUGCCAUUGGCUACUCCAAAAAAAAUAGAGUCAGCACAGACUGCACAUUCAUCAAGUCUUAUUGCUGGCCACAUAGGACCAGUACCAAAGAAACCCCAGGACUUAGCUCAUACUGGCAUCUCUUCAGGCCUUAUUGCUGGUUCCUCAAUUCAGAAUCCUAAAGUUUCCUUAGAACCUUUGCCAGCCAGGCUUCUUCAGCAAGGACUCCAACGGUCAAGCCAAAUCCAAGCAUCUUCCUCUUCACAGGCCCAUGCCUCUUCUUCCUCUUCCCAAGCCCAAGCUGCUGCCUCCUCUCAUGUUUUGGUGACAUCUUCAGAGGCCCAAGAACCUUCCUCAGUAACACAAGUGACAAAGGUGCACCAGCAUUCAGCUGUCCAACAAAACUAUGUGUCCCCAUUGCAAGCCACCAUUAGUAAAUCACAGACUAACCCAGUGGUGAAAUUAAGUAGUAAUCCCCAACUUUCUUGUUCUUCCCCACUCAUCAAGACUUCAGAUAAACCACUUGUAUACCGCCUUCCUUUGUCUAACCCUUCCUCUGGAAGUGGCUCUCAAGGGUCCCAUCCGUUGGUCUCUCGGACAGCACCUAGCACCUCUACCUCUAGUAACUAUUUAGCCAAGGCCAUGGUGUCACAAGUUUCCACCCAGGGUUUCAAGUCUCCUUUUUCUAUGGCUGCAUCCCCUAAACCUGCUGCAUCCCCUAAACCCGCUGCAUCUCCUAAACCUGUAACAUCCCCUAAACCCUCUGCCUCCCCCAAGCCCUCUGCCUCCCCCAAACCCUCUGCCUCCCCUAAGCCCUCUAUAUCAACUAAACCGUCUAUGUCAACUAAACUUCUUAUAUCUAAAUCCAAUCCAACUUCCAAACCUGCUGUAUCCCCCAGUUCUUCCAAUUCAAGUGCACUAGUAGCCCAGAGUAGCCACUCUACCAGUAACAAUCCAAUCCAUAAACAGCCCAGUGGAGUAAAUAUCAGCAGACAGUCUCCUACCUUGAAUUUACUGCCCUCUAGUCGCACUUCAGGCCUUCAGUCUGCAAAAAAUCUUCAGGCCUCUUCAAAGUUAGCUAACCCAGCAUCCACUGGAACUGUUGGCAAAAAUAGCUUGAGUGGAAUUGUAAUGAAUGUACCUUCCAGCAGAGGUGGCAAUCUAAAUUCAAGCGGAGCUAAUAGGACUAGUCUGUCUGGGGGGACCGGAAGUGGAACACAGGGUGCUACUAAACAGUUGUCUGCUCCACAUAGACCAUCCACUGCCUCAGGGUCUUCAGUUGUAACAGCCAGUGUGCAGUCCACAGCAGGUGCAUCCUUAUUGGCUAAUGCCUCGCCUCUCACUCUCAUGACAUCACCACUGUCUGUAACAAAUCAAAAUGUGGCUCCUUUUGGGAUGCUGGGGGGCCUGGUUCCUGUCACCAUGCCCUUUCAGUUUCCUUUGGAGCUGCUUAGCUUUGGAACUGACACAGCUGGAGUGACAACCACCUCGGGAUCUACCUCAGCCGCUUUCCACCAUAGCCUAACUCAGAAUAUGCUGAAGGGUUUACAGCCAGGAGCUCAGCAUUCAACAUCACUUUCUCACUCACCUCUGCCUAGUCACCUACAGCAAGCUUACAGUGAUGGAGGCCAAAGUAAAGGGGACACUAAAUUACAACGGAAAACUCAGUGACUUUCCAGCUAGCAAAGGAGUUGGAACACUUGAUUGGCUGAUGGGAUCUACCUGAUGGGAAAGUACUUAUGUGGUCACAGGGCUGCUGUUUCUGUCAAUGUUUACAUUCUCUAGUCCCAAGCACUGUGGUGAGGAGGAAAAGGAAAAGAAAAACAAUACUUGAUCAAAGCCAGGUGCAGGAGGAAGAAAGGCUUUUGUGCAAAAUUAGAGACCUUGUUCUCUUCUAUAGAAAGACAUAGUUACAAUUCUAACUGGCUUUAAAGUGAUUCAGUUGUCAAACCCACAGAGUACAAACUUGAUUUUCCCCAGGGGAGGAAGAAGGAAUUUGAAUAGAUUGGGGUGAAUUUCAUCCAUCCUGGGGAUUGGGGCCUGACCACUCUGGGUGCAGAUAUAAUUUCAUAAUAAGAGAAAAUAUUUUAGUCCAAUAUAUCUGAAAUUAGACCAGCUUAUCAGGAAUAAUAAUUACAUCUGCUUGAGUGGCCUAUGCAGCAAAUAAUAAAUUUGCCACAGAGAACCCAUUAACAUGUCCAGUGUCUGAUACAGAAUAGUAAAUUACUACUAUAUCCUCAAAAAUCCUGAUCAAACUUGAACCUUCUUUACUGAUGCAGGAUCUCCAGCAUGUAGUAAUCCUUCCAUGUAGAACAGUAUACAAAGUGGACUGAGGAUGCUGCAGGAAAGAGGAAUAAUAAUAAUCCCUCUCCAGAAACUUAUUUUAGCACAGUGAUAGGUAGUAUUAAAUCAUCUAGAUUUUUAAAAAGAUAAUAAGAAAAUGGAGUCUCUCUUGCUCUUAUCAGAUCAAAUGUAAAGAUUUUCCCCUUUUAUCAAAGGGUCACUUUCCCCUUAGACACAGGUACUUAAUGAAUUUUGGCUGGUAUUUUAUUUGUCUGCUAUUAAUUGGUCAAUUCUUAAUUUCCACUCUUUUUUUAAUAUAGUUACUGUUAAAAAUUUUUCUCUUCCAAAAGGUGGGAAACCCCCAGGGACAGAGUUCCCACUGUGUGGUCUCAGUCUUUGCUAGUCUAAUAAUAUGACUUGUGACUCUCUUUAACCUAAAUUCACAAUUAGUUUACAGAGUUAACUAAUUUUUUUUGUUUGAAUAGUGGUACUUCAGAUUAACUUUUGAUUUAGACAGUAAUCAGUGUAUUUAUAAUAUAAUGGUUCUUCAGCAGCCAUUUUGUGUGGCAGUCAUAUUUUGAGUGUUAUAAGUCAGCAUUAGAAAAUUAAUUCAUGGUACCUAAGAGAACAUCGGGUCUAGUAUCAUUAUGUAUAGUAAGGAAUUUUUGUGAAGAUUUUUACAGCCCAUCUCUCCUGCUAAAAUCCUAAAUGCCUAGUUUAUUGCCAAGAUCCUAAAGUCUUAUAGCUAGAAGUUCUAACAGGAGAGUUAAUCUGAAGAUUUGAGAAUCCUCUACUGGCUCUAUUUCCAUAUGAACACAUCACCAGUGGCAGAGGAUUUUGAGUGGGCACAUAGAGGAAAAUAUGAUUUGUUUGGUUUAAUUUGACUUUGGUUUUUGGUUUGAAUUUUAAAAAACAAACAACAUUGUUCUGUUUUCUUUGCUUGAAGUUUAGCUUUCUUAAAAGCCAUGUUUUUCAUAUUUUUAGCUGUGCUCAGAAGUAAAGGCUUUUGUAUUCAAUAUAUUUGUAUAAUAAAUGACAGAGUAACCUAAAAUAAAAUCAUUCAUUGAGCUUUAGAAUUCUGAUAAAAAGAUUUCCUAUCUCUUAUUCAUGGGAAAUCAUUUCACAUAGUUCAUAUUUAGGUUUAUGAGAGUACAUAUGCUUACCCAGACCCUGAUUUUCCUUUAUAUAAAAAGUUUCUUGUCGCCUACAAAACUAUUAAAUUGCCACAUUUGUACCUGGAUUUUUUAUUUUAAAGUCACAUUGACUUUACAUUGUGACAAAGAACAUCUUUUUAAACAAGUAACUGAAUAUCUGAGAUUGAUCAUAAUCUAGGGAAAAGAUUACUUUAAAUUGACUCACUGAUAAAGCCUUUGUUUCACUUCUGUAAACCUAAGAAUUUAGGUUACCAUGAUGCAUAUGGGAGUGUUUUCUCAAUCCUAAUAGGCAUUUUGGAAGAAUUUGGAAGAAGUUGCUGACAGAGAAUCUAGGGCUAAAUUAAUAUGAAUUAAGUUUUAAUUAAAUUUAUAGUAGAGAUAUUUUUCCACUAUUUCAUACAUUUUAGUAUUGUCAGCAUUUUGCUUGCAUUCACUAAAUUUAGUGGUAAAUAUGAAAUCAAUUCAAAGAAUUUCUCUAUUUGUAUUUGUUUGAAUGAAUAUUACAAGAUUUUUGUUGUAAGUUUAGCUAACUGUGAAAAAGGUUAAGGCUUUCAGAGUAUUAGUAAGCUUGCUACUUCUGUUAAUUGUGCCAUGAUAUACUAAAAUACAUCACUUCAAAUUUCAUAGUACACUUCAAUACUCAUACUUACUGAAUUAACGUUAAAUCAUGCCAUGUUGAUUUCUUUGACUUCCCUGUGUCUGACUGAUAAUAAAAUUAUGAAUUAUUUUCCCAGAA